AUGCUUCAAGUGUUAUUCCUACUUUACCUCUCUGUUGCUACUGCUGUCGCCAAAGAUGCAGUAGAAGUGCUUCAAUUUGACAAUUUCGGAUAUUCCGGGGCAUACUCACAAGUUAGUAAGCUCAGCGACAUUUACAAAGAUUCAUGUUCUUGUGAACUUGAUUCAAACAAGGUUACAUUUUCAGGGCCCAAUACCCCAUUGAAUGAAGAAGUUUCUGUUCAUUUUAGAGGACCGUUAAUUUUAGACAAAUUUGCAUCGUACGUUUCAGAUGGGUUCAAACUUGGUGAUGAUAAUUCAGGAAAUUGGAACAGACUUAGUUACUACGAGGCUUCGAGCGGUACCUCGGAAAACAUCACGUUCUUAACUCGUGCUGGUAAGAAUUCGUCGUGUUUGGGAUUGGGAUUGACUUAUGCAAGUGACAAUGGUACCGGUGCAGCUGAGUCGGCAACUGUCUUGGCUGAAAAUUCCUUGAUCAAUUCGAAUGACGAGUUUGUCAUAUUUUCAAAUAUCAGUUGCGGGAAAUCGGGAUUGAACAACGAUUGUGGUGUUUAUAGAUCAGAUAUUCCAGCAUACCAUGGCUUUUACGGAACCACCAAGAUGUUUUUAUUUGAAUUCAAGAUGCCCAAUGAAACAAAGACAUCUCCCGAAAUUUCCAACUACAAUAUGCCAGCAAUUUGGUUGUUGAAUGCUCAAAUUCCAAGAACUGCCCAAUAUUCGCUAAAUGUCAACUGUUCAUGUUGGAGAAGUGGCUGCGGAGAGUUUGAUAUCUUUGAGGUCAUGAAUACGACAGAAUAUCUCAACUUGUACUCCACGAUCCAUGACUAUCAAGGUUCGGAAUAUAUUGAAACCGGUAUAGCCAUCGACUCCUACAUUGAACGUGACUUAACGGGAACAAUGGUUGGUGGUGUUGUGUUUGAUUCCAAUGGUGAUGCCACUGUUUGGGUGAGCAACUCAACUUCUUUUGAUUCGACAGUUUCUGGAUCUGAUGUGAAUCAAUGGGUAAACAAGGAUACUUCUGCUGCUACAAAGACUUUAAGUUCUGCAUCGUUGAAUGUGGCUACUACAACCGGUGGCUCAAGUAAGAAAGGUGAUGGAGUUGCUUACAAGCCUUCGGCAUUGCUCAACUUGCUUGCCGCAAUUUUGGUAUACUUUAUUUAG